CUAUCUCCUUCUGUGGCUGGCCCACUGGGCCUGAGGUUGGUCAGACCACGUGGUUUAGGCAAGGGCCUCGACAGAGCGGGAACUGAAUACAAUUGAGGCUCUGAAGUCGGGGCGGCUUGAUAUCCCAACUUCAUUGCGUGCGAGCAUAAGGACUACUCAAGGAGAGAUGCACUAUAUUCCUCUCAUAUUCCUCUCCAUACAUCAUCCCGUCUCGGAGUCAAGACUACCUACCAAAGCAUAGCCCCACAGCGAGUGGUACUCCGUCUCUCAGUGUCCAGCUACUGAAAAGCGGAGAUCAAUCAUGAGGCGAGACGCUCUGCAAGAUGAUAUUCCUGACUUCCUUCUAAAUUCCCCCUAUCUGCCCGUGUAUGACGGGAGAUAUGACGCGCCGCGCGGGCCACAGAAACCAGCCAGUAUCUUUGACUUACUGCGCCCAAGACGGCCUCGGAGCGUCAUAACCUGGACUGUCAGGAUCGCUAUCCUUCUCAUCCUGUUUAGCAUCACCCGCUCCUUCAUCGUGCGUCGUUGGUUUUCCGGACCGCGCUGUCUCUUCUCUGAACCCAUCACACCACCUACAUCCUCUUUAGAGCGUGAGGAUAUCGAUUGGUCACGUUACGCAUACGCACAAUAUGUCACCAACGCAGACUACCUAUGCAACUCCCUCAUGAUCUUUGAGACUCUGCACCGCCUUGGCAGCAAAGCUGACCGGCUGAUGCUCUACCCCUCCAACUUCAAUCUGACCUCCGAGGACUUUUCCGGCCGCCUGCUCCUCCAAGCAAGAGACAAAUACGGCGCGAAAUUAGUCCCAAUCGAAGUCCAGCAUCGCUGGAACGCCUACCCCAUAUGGGCUGACAGCUACACCAAGCUCCUCGUCUUCAACCAGACGCAGUACUCGCGCCUGCUCAUUCUCGACUCCGACGCCAUCAUCCUAAAGCCCAUGGACGAGCUCUUCUUCAUCCCCUCCACCGCGGCCGCCAUGCCGCGCGCGUACUGGCUCGAAGAGCCCCUCCUCUCCUCUCACAUCAUGGUCGUCGAGCCCUCCAGCCACUCCUUCAAGCGCGUCCAGAAGGCCAUCAAAAACGCCGUCUACGGCACCUACGACAUGGAGAUCGCGAACCAUCUCUUCGGCGGCUCCUGCCUCGUGCUGCCGCACCGCCAGUACGCACUCCUGACGGGCGAAUUCCGCUCCAAGGACCACGCGCGCUACCUGCGCGACUCCCCACACCCCUGGGAUCCCGAGACCGCGAUCCGCGAAGCCAAGCUGGUGCAUUUCUCUGACUACCCGCUCGAGAAGCCGUGGCUGCUGUCGCCGCCCAAGGACUGGGAGGCGGCGAUCCCGGAGUGUGGCACUGCCGGCCCGCGGAUCGCUGAUUGUCGCGCCCGCGAUAUCUGGCUUGAUCUCUAUCAGGAAUUUCGGGAUCGUAGGGAGAGUGUGUGUGGUUUGAAAGUAGGAUAUGAUGAGAUGUUAUAAAGACCCGAAACACGCAAGAUAUCCUGUAGAGAAUCACCAUACUGUUCGUAAGUUCGAUAAUUUACAAGCUAUACAGAGAGUAUCAGGACCCCCCGCCCGAAUCAUUUGGCCAAGGACCGGGGAAAAAAGAAUCAAUAGAGAGCUCCUCCCUCUCCCCCCUCCUUUUCCGUUAUCCAAGCUAUUCAAUCAAGUAUUGUACGAGUAUGAAUAACGAACGCAGUGGAGAGAUGCAUGAGCAGGGUCUGAAAAGGGGCAUUAUCCAGCACUGAGCGUGGGAGGGCUUGAUUAAAAACGUUUAGUCGGAUGGUUCAUCAUACUACACCUACCUUGUGACUCAGAAUUGUACUAUCUAGAAAGAACGAAUUAAAGAAAAGAAAUCAAACCCCGG